AAAACCUGAACGGCCCUUUUCCCCAUCACCUUACGCCGAGGGUAGGGGGUGUGCAUAGGCAAAAAUUAACCUAUGCUUAAAACUUUCUUUAGUGAAAGUUCAUACUUACACAUUCUUGUGUUUUAAACCUCUUUUCACUCGCUUAUCUAAAGAGCGCGGAGGUUGUUUUUUUUUCCACAGCUGAUUUUUCGUUAUAAUAAAGACAGCGUAACUUGAUUCAAGAUGAUCGACACAGUGACAGGACCCGGAGCACAGUCCUUUGCAGUUCAGCUGAAGGCCCUGACGGAUCUGGAGGGCCGAUACCAACCAAAGCUGAGCGGCUUGAGGCUCAUUGAGGGCUCCCAGGACAAUGGCCUCAGGAUGACCACCAGACUGAGGGAGCUGGAAGUGAAAGACCUGCUCUCUCUGACCAGGUUCUUUGGUUUCAGCUCUGAGACCUUCUCCCUGGCUAUCAGCUUGCUAGAUCGAUUCCUCUCUGUAAUGAAGAUUCAGCCAAAGCACCUGUCCUGUGUGGGCCUGUGCUGCUUCUACAUUGCAGUGAAGUCCGCAGAAGAGGAGAAGAAUGUCCCUCUGGCCAACGACCUGAUCCGCAUCAGUCAGAAUCGCUUUACGGUGUCUGACAUGAUGAGGAUGGAGAAGAUCAUCAUGGAGAAACUCUACUGGAAGGUGAAGGCCCCCACAGCCCUCCGCUUUCUCCGCCUCUUUCACAGCCACAUCCAGGAGCAGCUCGACUCUGAGAGCAAGCAGAUAUUGAGCCUUGAGAGACUGGAGGCCCAGCUGAAAGCCUGUCAUUGCUCAUUUGUCUUCUCCAAAAUAAAG